AUGGUGAAUUUCACUUGGGCUAACUGUGCAUUCGUACUGUUAACAUCUAUUACUCUGCCACUCUAUCUGCUGAUAUUGACAGUGAUUUGGUGGAGACCAAAAUUAUCUCUGUUUCAUAUUCUAAUGCUCUCACAGAUGAUAUCGAGGAUUCCUCCGGUUGGAUUUGUAAUGAUACAUUGGUUUUCUCCUCUUUUGGUCACUAUACCUCUGCUGACGUCCUUCAAUACCACUUACACACCCGAGAUAAAAAUCAAGCUACCUGAUAAUUUGAUGGCGGUCGUCAACAUUUUAUCAAUUAUUUCGGUCAUGAUUUCGUUUAUCAUCUGCGUCUUUUGCUACGUUCCAGUACUAUUAUUCAUGCUGCGCAACAGAAAGUCGGUCAACAGAACAAGGCAAAACGACGUUAGACUGAGCAUCCAAGUGGCUGGUCUACUGAUAGCCUUUCUCUUGGUUUUUAUAUACAAUGUAGGUAACUACGUAAUGCUUUACCUAAUAGGGGUUAAUCAGAUAGUAGUGUUAGAUGUCCUCCAAUGGUGGAAUAUGAUUUAUCCUCUUAUGAACGCAUUUUUGUGCUGUGUUCUGCCAUGGACAAGUCUUCUGCUAAACCAUGACAUACAAAUCAGAUUGAAAGCGAUGGGACACUGUAGAAAGGCUGAAGUGAUCAACAGCAGCCUAUUUGUAUCCAGAGCAUCUGCCGAAAUUUCACAAAGGUUUCUUCGUUAA